AUGAAAGAGAAAGAAAUUUCCGACAUACUUUGGUUUAAAGAAAUCUUUUCUGAUUUAACAGAAUCAUAUUAUCAAUUGGAAAUAGAUAAUAAGGAACGUCAGUUAGUAAAAAUUAAUGAAUUAAAAUCGAUUUAUCCGGAAGUGGAUUGGUUACCUUUUCUCAAUAAUCUGUUUGAUGGUUUUCUAGAAUCAAACACCGUCAUAACAGGUGACGACAAAGUCUUGUUAGAUGGAAAAACAUGUAUUAAAAGAACUUUCGAAAUUCUCAAGAAUGAUAAAGUUACUAAAAGAUUAUUGUUGAAUUACGGCGGUGCUAUUUUUGCAAUGGAAUUUCUUGAUAUUCAAGAUUUUCUUGAAGAUGAAACGUUUAAUUACCCUAAUAGUAUCCCAUUACCUAUAGAAUCUGAGUAUAAUAAUUGGGUUAUAUGUAAAGCCUAUCUAGGAGAAACAACUGGUCCAGUUUUCAAUUAUUUAUAUGGAAGAUAUAAAUAUAAGAACACUGCUAGCAAAGAAAUGUUCGAUUAUAUAGUAAAAGUUAAGAAAGAACUGGUCGAUCAAUCGACAUGGUUAGAUGAACCAACCAGAAAAGCAAUUCAAGACAAAUUGGAUCACAUGGUGACAUUCAUAGGUUUACCACCUUGGACUCAAGACGUUGAAAAGUUGGACGAAUAUUAUAAAUUAUUACCUGAAAUGGCGGACAAUUUUUACGAAAACGUCUACAAACUAAAUGAAUUUAAAGAGAAAAAAGAUGCUUCGUUUUAUGGAAAGAAAAAUGACAGGACUGAAUGGCUACCAUAUUUCAGAGUUGGAGGAGCACAUCCUAUUAUAUUUAAUUCACUUGAAUUUAAUAGUAUUGGUAAGAAAAACUUUAUUACUUUUAUGGGAAUUUUAUUCGAAUAAUAGUUGCCUUUAUUAAGAACAUUUUGUCUGUAAAACUCGACUGUAUUUGCUCUCUCUUUCCCUAUCUUUUCACGACACUACCUUCGAUCUAUGUGUUUUUCUCAUUAGGUAAUUUUGUAUCUU